AUCCGCGUCUCUGCGACGCGCGUGGCGCCACGAAGCGCUCCCUGCGCGCGCGAGCAUAAACCCAUGGCGACCUCGCCUCGUGUUCCCUUUCCUAACCGCCGCGGCCGCCGCCCACCUCCAUGGCCACGCUCGCGCCACGCCCCCAUGAACUCCUCGCCCUGAGAAGGCCCCGUCUUAGGACGCCCCGAGCCCGCGCCUCCGGCCCCCGUGCCCGUGGCGCUCCCGUGGCCCCGCAGGCCGCGCGGCCGCGGCGCGUCUUCCUGGGCCUCGGCGCCGCUUUCGUCGACCAGCUCGCCCGCAUGGCCUCCGGCGGCGCCCCGUCACGCUCGUUCGUGGCCUCAGCUCGGCCGAGGCAGGGGGUUUCCCCGGUCGAACAGAUUUUGAAGAAUGUUGAGUGGCCGGAUGAGUUCCCAUUCAAGGCCGAAGACUUCAGCCGCUUCGAUGAAUCAUCAGAUGCUCUGUUCUACUCGGCUCCCCGUUAUGUGACUCACAUUGAUGACCAAGCAAUCGAGGCUCUCACGAAAUACUACUCAGAAGUUCUUCCUCCAAGCAACACUCCUGGGGUGGCCAUCCUGGACAUGUGCAGCAGCUGGGUGAGCCAUUAUCCACCUGGGUACAAACAAGAGAAGAUUGUGGGGAUGGGUAUGAAUGAAGAUGAAUUGAAAAGGAAUCCGGUGUUAACAGAGUACGUUGUGCAAGACCUCAAUGUGAACCCGAAGCUUCCUUUUGAGGAUAACACAUUUGAUGUUAUAACCAACGUGGUUAGUGUAGACUACUUGACAAAACCAAUUGAUGUUUUCAAGGAAAUGAGACGAAUACUUAAACCAAGUGGAUUGGCCAUAAUGAGUUUUUCAAAUCGCUGCUUUUGGACAAAGGCUAUAUCUAUAUGGACGUCAACCAGUGAUGCUGAUCACGCUUGGAUAGUUGGGGCUUACUUCCAUUAUGCUGGAGAUUUUGAACCUCCUGAGGCUGUUGAUAUAUCUCCUAAUCCUGGACGAACAGACCCGAUGUAUGUUGUCCAGUCCAGAAAGAGAAUAGCUUGAUUAACAUCAUAGGUUCUAUACAGAUUUUGUGUAAUGCACAACGUGAUGGCAAUUUUUCUACUGGUCACUUUCGAAACGUAAAUAUGUAGACAGAUCUGGCAGAGUCUCCGCUUGUCUGCUUGUGUGUCUGCUUGCCUUGCAAUAAACCACAUUAAUACAUAGCAGCUUUGUGAUAGUUUUAUCAAAGUAUUUGUAGUUUUAUGAAAUUUAUUUAUUUGUUCAGUACCGUCGUAGUUGAAUCAAGAUCACCUGAAACUUUUCUCA